AUGUCAGCUCCCCAGUGGGGUGUCCCCCCGCUGGUUAAAAGCACAGAUCCGGAUCCCUCCUGGAACUACCUGUUUGGCUUCCACCCUCACGGGGUCCUGGUCAGCGGGGCCUGCAGCAACGUCUGCACAGAGGCCACUGGCUUCUCCCACCUCUUCCCUCACCUCCAGCCCCACCUGCUCACGCUGCCCUGUUGGUUCCAGCUCCCUGUCUUCCGGGACUACAUCAUGUGUGCUGGAUCAGUGCCCUCGGACAAGGCCAGCGCCUCCUAUCUCUUGUCCCUGCCCGGGGGCCUCCUGGCCGUGGGAGGGCCCCUGGAGGCGUGGGAGGCAAAGCCCGGAGCGCUGAGCUUGCGAAUCCGGAAUCAGAAGAGAUUUGUCAAGUUGGCGCUGGAAGAGGACAGCGCUGCCCGGGAGGGAGCGCAGCGCGCGCCGGGCGGGGUCCGGAUGGGGGCCCCGAUCCCGGCGCAGCGAACCCCGCGGCCCAGCCGGGCGCAGGUGGACGCGCAGCACGAGGUCUACUUGGAGCGGCUCAAGCAGCUGUUGAAAGAGCACAUGGCGCGCUCUGGCGUCCCCGCCGACAGGCACCCCCCCCCACCUAGACGCGCCGCCGGCCCCCACCGGUGCCCUCGGUGA